AUGGUUUUGGAAGUGCUGAACUCAGUGCAUUAUAACAUCAUCAGCAUGGUGACCGAAGUUGUGCCUGUUGCCAGCAUUGCAAUCCUGCUGCUCACUGGCUUUCUUCUCUUGGUUUGGAAUUAUAAAAACACAUCCUCAAUACCAGGUCCUGGCUACUUUCUGGGAAUUGGACCCCUCAUUUCCUACUGCAGGUUCCUCUGGAUGGGGAAUGGCAGUGCCUGCAAUUACUACAACAAGACGUAUGGUGAAUUCGUGAGAGUCUGGAUAUAUGGAGAGGAAACCCUCAUUAUUAGCAAGUCCUCAAGCGUGUUCCACGUAAUGAAGCACAGUCACUACACAUCCCGAUUCGGCAGCAAACUUGGGUUGCAGUGCAUUGGCAUGCAUGAGAAAGGCGUCAUAUUUAACAAUAAUCCAGUCCUCUGGAAAGCUGUUAGAAAUUACUUUAUGAAAGGUAUUCAGAUGUCUGGCUACAUUCUGCUCUUUUGUCUAUGA